AAUGGAUAAUUUUACCAGUGUUACAUAUUUCACACUGGAGGGACAUGUGAGUUUAGAGCAUUAUAGAUACUUUUAUUUUAUAUUUACUCUCUCUGUCUAUAUAAUGAUAAUUUGCUUUAAUUCUGUUAUAAUUUCUGUCAUAUACAAAAACAAACACUUACAUGAGCCCAUGUACAUUUUCAUUGCUGCUUUGCUUUGUAAUGCUCUCUUUGGAACAGCUGCUCUGUAUCCUAAACUGCUCACUGAUUUACUGUCUGAAAAACAAAUCACUUCUUAUGAAACUUGUAUAUUUCAGGCAUUUUGUGUGUACACAUAUGCUUCAUCAGAAUUUGUGCUGUUAUCAGCUAUGGCCUAUGACAGAUAUGUGUCCAUCUGUAAACCAUUACAUUAUGCAACUCUUGUAAAAAUGAACAUUGUUAGAAAGCUAAUAUUUUUGUCAUGGUUUUUGCCUUGUUGUACAAUUGGUAUAACAGUUGUACUAACAUCCAGACUUCAGCUGUGUAAAUUUAAAUUAAACAGAAUAUACUGUGAUAAUUAUUCAAUUGUGAAAUUAAGCUGUAAAGAAACAUCUCUUAAUAACAUAUAUGGACUUUUUAUUUUCAGCAUUACUGUAUUUCCUCCAGUGUUCUUCAUAAUCUACUCGUAUUUUAGGAUACUGUCUGUCUGUUUAAAGAAUUCUAAACAUUUCAGAAGAAAAGCUCUACAGACCUGUUUACCACAUCUUCUCAUUUUCAUAAUUUUUUCUGUCAACACUUGUUUUGAAAUUAUAAAUUCUCGAAUAGACUCUAAUCAAAUUCCCCACAUUAUUACCAUGAUCCUGUCAGUUGAAUAUUUACUUGUUCCUCCUCUAUUCAAUCCCAUAAUAUAUGGAUUAAAACUGCAGGAGAUUUUCAAUAGUAUCAGGAGACUAAUUUCCUGUAAAAAGAGGACUCGAGUUUCUUUUUAGACCUAUAUUCUACCUAUACUCUUAUUUGAGUUGAAAAAAGUAAUAUUUUAACUCUUUCAAUGGAUGGCAUGUGUUAGUGUCCAUAGUGUGUGAAUUGGUGUGUGAAUGUGUGUGAUUCUGUUCUGCGAUGGAUUGGCACCCCAUCCAGGGUGUCCCCCACCUUGUGCCCUAUGCUCCCUGGGAUAGGCUCUAGGUUCCAUGUGUUCCAGUAAGGAUAAGUAGUACAGAAAAUGAAUGGAUGGAUGGCUCUUUCAACAGACUGAUUGUUAACUCUAUGUGAUUGUAUUGAAAUGUAUUUAAUUAAUUAAAUUUGGUGUAACUACGA